AUGGCCGACGAUGAGACGCACAGCAGCCACCAGCCGAGCCUCGAUCCCCAGUCACGGCCCUCGACGGCCAUGCGCGUGCCGGACGAGCCUGCGACGGCGGGCACCCAGCCGCGCGACGGCGCCGGUGCCCAUGCAGACGCGCCCGACCCUACGACGACGAAUCACGACGACUCGCUCCUCCACCCGCUGCCGUCAAACGCCGGCCCGGGAUCCCAGAGCGCGGCGUCGCCCGGCGCGACCCGUGCCGAGAGCAGCUUCAUAGAAACCACGGCCAUCGACCAGACGCGCGCCCCCGACGAGACCAUGACCGAGGAGGCCGUCCGCCGGCACCUCCAAGACGUCGAGUCGAGCUUCCUCCCCACGCUGUCCCCCAUCGCCACGGGCUUGACGAAUGGCGGUGAGGGCGGCGUCGACGACUCGUUUCUCUUUGACUCGCCCGACAAGGCUGCGGCUCGUCCUCUCCCGCAGCAGCAGGGCGACGACGACGACCACGACGACGCCACGGCCGCGAGCAACACCACGUCCAACCUCGAGACCCUCGACUCGUCGCCGACCGCCGCGGCAGCCGCGCGCACCAUCUCUCGCGCCGUCAGCAUGGCCACGAACCCCCAGGCCUCCGCCGUGGCCGAGGACGACAGCACCACCACGAGCGACCGCGACAACCCCUUCCUCUCGGCCGACGACGCCGCCUCCUCGCUGUCGCAGUCCGUCUCCGGAAAGCUGGACGCGGGCAGCACGCCGGGCAACUCGUUACGCGUGAGCAAGCGGCCCAAGUACCUCCGCAGCCGCUUCGGCAGCCAGCGCUCCUCGACGUCGUCCUUUGUGACCAACCCAGACUCCCACGACGGCAGCGACGCGACCGUCGGGCACGGCCUCGACUACGCCUUGCACUCUGGCGGCGCGGUGCCCGCCUCGGGCAUGCCCCGCGGUCCGAGUGUCGGGCUUCCUCGAUCCAUCAGCUUCGGCAGCGUCGCCUCGGGCGUCGGCACCGACGACUACGACGCGCCGGGCCACCAGCUCGAGCCCCUGGCCGAAAUCGACAGCCCACCGCAGACGCGCCACCCCGACUUGAUGAGCACGCCGAAGCCGUCCAGGGAGAAUCUCAACGCCGCGCCGACCGAUACCGUCAUCGCGCAGCACGUCAGGAACGUGCACGUGCCGGAGUCUCUGGCCAAGGAGUACAGGUUUAAGAACGGGCUCCAGACGCCGCGGCGCCCGUCGGCCUUGACGGCGAGCACCGGGACCGUCGGGCGGUCGGGCAAGAACCUGACGCUCAAGGAGCAGAGCAGCACCAUCGAGCGCCUGUCCAAGGAGAACUUUGACCUGAAGCUCAAGGUCAUGUUCUUGAGCGACCGGCUCGACAAGCUCUCCGAGGAGGGCAUCAAGGAGAUGAUUUCCGAAAACGUCAGCCUCAAGACCAGCUACGCCGUCCUCCAGCGCGACAACAAGAUGCUCAGGAAGAGGGUCAAGGAGCUGGAGCGGCAGGCCAGGGAGGAGGACAACCGCCCGAGCACGGCCCGCAGCGGCACGGACUCGACGGACCACACGCCGCGGAUAGACGAGGAGGAGGCCCAGGAGCGGGAGGUGGAGCUUCUCUACCUGCGCGAGCGCGUGGAAGAAUACGCCGCGGAGAUUGAGCGGCUGCGCAACGAGGGCGUGCACCGCGAAAACGAGAAGCGCAAGCUGGCGGAAUUUGUCAAGUCCAUGGGCGACCGCCCGGGAGAGAGCCUCGGGCGGCAAGAGGAAGCCGACGUCUGGAAGGACCUGCUGGAGCAGGAGACGGCGCGCAGGGAGCAGGCCGACGAGGACAACGGCAAGCUGCGCGACGAGGUGUUUCGGCUCCGGCGCGAGCUGUCCGCCGGACAGGGCACCAUGCACCACACGACCAACAUCUACAACAUCACCAAGAAGCACAGGGACCCGAACGCGUCGCCCACGCGCCCCACGUCCGGCCUGUCCGGCGACGUCGAGGAAUCCAACGCAAACUUUAGCGCGGCCACGACCCUCGUCGAGGAGCUCAGGCGGGAGAGCGAGCAGCUGCGCCACGAAAACGCCGAGCUGCGCCGCGAGGUCGGCGCCCAGACGUCGAUGCUGGUGUCGAGGAACCGCGAAAAGGACCGCCUGUACAGCGAGAUUGAAGAGCUCAAGAUGGCCCAGCGGCGGACCGGCGGCGGCGGCGGCGGCGUGGCGGCGUCGACGGUCGACAGCAUCCUCGAGCGAUCGGCGUCGCGAGCCGGCGGGGGCCACGAGCGACCAAGCUCGCGAGGGAGCGCCAGGACCCGCCAGACCUUUGCCGAAGACGAGGCCGAGCGAGAGGAGCUCGAGAACAAGCUCGCCGAGGUCCGCGACAAGCUCAGCGAGGCCAAGCUGCAGAACCAGGAGCUGCAGCGCGAGCUCGAGGCGUGCAUGCAAGACUUUGAGGCCGCCGUCGAGGACAAGCGCCAGGUCGAGGAGACGGCGCUGACGCUGCAGGAGGACCUCGAGAACGCCAUGAACGACCUGGUGGCGAUCCAGGCCGAGCGGGACGAAGCCCUCCGAGAGCAGGGCGACAUGGAAGCCGAGUUCGAGGCGCUUCGCCGGGAGGCGCAGGACGAGAUCGACGCGCUCGAGUCCGAGGCCGACCAGCGCAACGAGGACGUCGAGCGCCUGCAGGCCGACCUGAGGGACCGGACCGAGAAUUUCGACGCCUUGCAGGAAGAGAUGCGAAAGAUGAGCGAGGCCCUCAUCGGCCUCGAGGACGACCAGGACGACAAGAUGCGCCGCAUCGCGCAGCUCGAGGAGGAGCUGGAGUCGUCCAACAAGGAGCUCGAGGAGCUGGAGCAGAAGCUCAUCGAGGCCAACGACAAGAACCAGCGCCUCUCGGUGCAGCAGGAGUCGUCGCAGGGCGAGAUCGCCUUCCUGCGCGAGGAGCAGGAGGCGGACAAGAUCCGCAUCGGGGACCUCGAGGCGGCGCUCGCCAACGCCGAGCAGGGCCUGCGCGACGAGCGGGACCGGGCCAAGGAGCUCGACGGCCGCCUGCAGCAGGAGCGCGUCCAGCGCGAGAUGGUGGCCAACCGCGAAAAGGAGGAGGUGCAGCAGUUCGUCAACGAGCUGAACCGCGAGGCGUCGACGGCCAAGGACGAGGUGAGGCGGCUGCGCAAGAGCCUGUCGUCGCGCGAGGUCGAGGCCACCGAGUGGAAGGAGAGGCUGAUUGAGCUGGAGAACAAUCUGAGGGAGGCGCUGGGCGACCUCAACGGCACCCGCUCGUCUCUCCUCAAGGUAGGGUUCCGCCUGUUCCUCGACAAGCUGAGAGGCACUACUAACAGGGACAAGUCGAUUGCCAAGAUGCAGCGCGAGCUCGAGAACACGAUCCGCGAGCUCGACAGCACCAAGGCGUCGGUCAACGAAAAGGACCGCAUCAUCAAGCAGCGCGACGCCCUGCUCGAGUCCCACGCGCUCGAGAGCCGCAAGGUCGCCGAGCUGCUGGACAAGGAGCGCGUCGCCCACCGCAACACCAAGUCGCAGUUUGACACGUUCCAAAAGACGCACAGCCACCUCUCCCAGACGGCCAGCACGCAGGACGUCCGGAUCGCCGAGCUGGAGAGCACCCGCGGCCAGGACCGCCGACGGCUCGCGCAGCUGGAGCAGACGGCGCGCGAGCAGCUGCAGGAGCGCAACGAGCUGCUGCUGACGCUCUGGCAGCGGCUGAGCGCCCUGUGCGGCCGCGAGUGGCUCAACAACAACGCCCUCGUCGACCGCCAGGUCGUGCCCUCGGUCGAGGUCAUCGCCAGCCGCCUGCCCGGCUUCUCCAAGAACCUGCUCGCCGCCAUCAAGGCCAUCGAGGGCAUGGUGGGGUCCCUCCAGACCAAGAUCAAGGCCGUGGAGCGCGACCUGCAGCGCGAGUACCAGGCCCUGGAGAACAACCUCGAGGUCCGCGUCAAGAAGCUCGACCGCCUGGAGACGAUGGUGCGAAACUCGAUAGCCUCGGGCUCGCUCGGCUCUCACGACGCGCACGGCCGCAUGCAGCGCCUCGAGGACGCCUACCGCCAGCUCAAGGUCGAGAAUGCCACCCUCAGGACCGCCCAGGACGUGCGCAGCCGCGCGUCCCAGGCCAACACCGCCGCCGACGGCACCCUCGCCUACGCCGGAGGCGGCUCGCCGUCGCCGGCCGUGCCCCGCGGGCCCGGAGACCGCGACAGGAGCAGGUCGUCCCGCCAGGACAGGAGCAGUAGGUCUGCCGGCUCCGGCCGCUCCGGCGCGACGAGCGGCAUCCCGCGCCCGGCGACGUCUGCCGCGUACGGGGCCAUGGACGUGGCGCUCGCCGGGGACGCCGACUCGGGCGGCGGCGGCGGCGCCAACAACGACAACCGCUGGCUGUUCCGCCUGCGGGACAUGGAGUACAAGCUCAAGAUGGAGCGCGAGGGCCGCAACCAGGAUCGGCAGGCCGCGCGCCAGCGACUGGGCGGGCUGGAGAUGGAGAACCGCGACCUGCGCGAGCGCGUGAGGCGCACAAACUCGGAGGCCGAGUAA